GAUGGCCCUUUAGGCGGCUGCAUGUUGUGCUGCACUCGAUGCUUACACUCACAGUAUGUCCGAUUCUAAGUGACUCCCUCUAGAGGUGAUGUCUUCCGCCUUCUUGAAAGCACCAUGUAGGGGGUUGAUCCGUCCAGAGAACUGGCUCGGAAGUAAGAAUGUAAGAAAGCGCACAUGCAGCGGCAGGCAACAGCAAGAACAGCCACACUUCUAGAAAGUUCUAACUAAUGCGCAGAAAUAAAGCAUGGGAGGUAAAAUACCACCUGCUACUCAUAAAGCCAAAUCAGAAGAAAAUAAGGAAGAAAAAACAGAUAGUAAGAAGGUGGAGGAGGAAGACAUAAAGACAGACGAACCGUCAAGUGAGGAAAGUGACCUAGAAAUUGACAAUGAGGGUGUGAUUGAAGCAGACACUGAUGCCCCUCAGGAAAUGGGGGAUGAAAAUGUAGAGAUAACCGAGGAGAUGAUGGAUCAGGCAAACGAGAAAAAAGUGGCCGCCAUUGAUGCCCUAAAUGAUGGUGAGCUACAGAAAGCCAUUGACUUGUUCACAGAUGCCAUCAAGCUGAAUCCUCGCUUGGCCAUUCUGUAUGCCAAGAGAGCCAGUGUCUUCAUCAAAUUACAGAAGCCAAAUGCUGCCAUCAGAGAUUGUGACAGAGCUAUUGAAAUAAACCCUGAUUCAGCUCAGCCUUAUAAAUGGCGAGGGAAAGCACACAGACUUCUGGGCCAUUGGGAAGAAGCAGCCCAUGAUCUUGCCCUUGCAUGUAAAUUGGAUUACGAUGAAGAUGCUAGUGCAAUGCUGAAAGAAGUUCAACCAAGGGCCCAGAAAAUUGCAGAACAUCGGAGAAAGUAUGAGCGGAAACGUGAGGAGCGAGAGAUCAAAGAAAGAAUGGAAAGGGUUAAGAAGGCUCGGGAAGAACACGAGAGAGCCCAGAGGGAAGAAGAAGCCAGACGACAAUCAGGAGCUCAGUAUGGCUCUUUUCCAGGUGGCUUUCCUGGGGGAAUGCCUGGUAAUUUUCCUGGAGGAAUGCCUGGAAUGGCAGGAAUGCCUGGGCUCAAUGAGAUUCUCAGUGAUCCAGAGGUUCUUGCAGCCAUGCAGGAUCCAGAAGUUAUGGUGGCCUUCCAGGAUGUGGCUCAGAACCCAGCAAAUAUGUCAAAAUAUCAGAGCAACCCAAAGGUUAUGAAUCUAAUCAGUAAAUUGUCAGCCAAAUUUGGAGGUCAAGCGUAAUACCCUUCUGACAGAUAAAGCCCUUGCUGAAGGAAAAGGAACUCGGAUCACUCAAUGGAUGUCGCAAUAAUACAAACCAGUGUACCUCUGACCUUCUCGUGAAGAAAGCUGGGGUGCGUGGAAGAGAAUCCCUACCCCUCUGCCCCACAUGCAGCUGUAACAUGUGACCGUGGUUUGCCAUUAUGGUAUUCUUUCAGAUAAUGUUUUCCUACUGGGAAUUAUAAAGUUUAAACACUUUUAAAUCUUAAAAAUAUUUAAAAACAAAUUAAAAGGGUGUGUUAAACCCUACACUUUUCUUUACUAA